ACAAGGAAUUAGUGCCUGCCCAUACUUUUUACACUGAAUACUCUGCAUCUGACACAGACUUACCUGCAGAGAAACAAGGGGAAAGAGUCAGAAUGUUUGCUUACGGACGAAGUAAUUUCACAUGGAAUGGAACUCUGAGAGAGCUGCAGGGCAGCUGGACAGAACGACGUGGCCCAGCUAUGACAGCCUCGGCGAGCUCCUCCAGUGGUUUAGAGGUCCUCCUCUCGGCCCUGCAGAACGGAGGGGAUGUGGAGAGCACCUUAAAUAUCCUCAAUGUCCUGGAUGAACUUCUGUCUGCUGGUACAGAUCGGCGUAUCCACUACAUGAUCAGUAAAGGUGGCAGCGAGGCUUUGCUCGUCGCACUGGUCAACGCCGGCCGCAGCUUCAGUCCCAACUACACCAUCCUGCUGCCACUGCUGCACCUGCUGGCUAAAGUGGGACACAGAGACCGGCGUAUAGGUGUGAAGGCAGAGGAGGCUGGAGCUGUGCUGCUCACUCUCAAUCUGCUCCGACACAACGCCCAGCACGGCAGCAGGGCCGCAGCCUGCCUCUGGGCCAUCCAAGUCUUCUGUUCAUCAGUUUCUACAGCAAACCUUAUCGGAGCAAACCAUGGACUGGAUGUCAUCUACGGCCUCAUCCCUCAGUAUAGCACCAAACAUCUGCACACCAUCAAGGCAGCCAUUGAUGCCUUUGCUGCUCUGCUGUGCACAAAGGCUAAUGUUAGCUCCGUGGUGUCCAAGGGUUACGUCUCUGGCCUCUUGCGACUUUAUGAGGACUGGUACAGCAAAGGAAGUGAACACGUAGCAAUCUGCCAUGCGCUGCUGCGCUGCCUCCAUAAGGUCACUCACAUCACUGCAGGCAGGCAGGCCGUCCUGAGCCAGGGAGGCAUCAGACUGCUGUACGAAACUACACAGACAUGUUUGCUGAGUAAAGGUCUGGAGCCUCUGGUGGAGCUCUCUGUGCAGCUGAUGAGGAAGUGUCUUCCUAAAACUCCUCUUCCACUGACAUCAGAUCAGUCUGCGUACACCUUCCCCCUGCCUGGAGGACCACAUGCUGUCCCUGAGACGGACGCAGAACCAGAUGAGAGCAGUGACGAGAGUGAUGAUGACGAUGCUGAAGAUAAGCCAGAGGCAGACUAUGAUGACGAUUUGGAGACUGACUUGAACAAACUUCGUCUUCGUCCUGACCCAGACAGACCCAAAGAGCUGCUGCCCCAGUACAGCCACCUCUGUCCUGAACUCUCACAUGACUUCCAGGAGCUGGAUUUGAGCUCCGAGCCAGACGAGAGUUCAACAGCAUCAUCGUCUUCUUCAUCGGAUGAGGAAGCUGUGCGGCUCAACAGUUUUCCUUUCCGCUGCUCCAGGUGGGACAGAAGGAGGAGUACUGUCCACAGUGACUCUGAGACAGAAGCAAAGGGACACACAGCAGCUGUUGGCCAGUUAGAGGCCCGGGAUUUCCACAGUCACAGCAGCCUCCUCAGCACCAGCCCCCGCUUCAGGACCAUGGUUAGAGAGGCCAGGGGAAAAGCCCUCCCCGGUCAGAGAGGGGAUGAGCAGGAUGAUGAGGAGGUGGAUGCAGAAGAAUCCCACCAUCGUACCAUGAUAGACAAGUUAUUGGAGAGACAUGGAGCCUGUAUUCCCCACCAUGACCCCAGGCUGUACCGCGCUGCAGCUGCCAAAACCACAUCCAUUCCAGGGUUCAGCAUCCUGGCUUUCCCUGAUUUCUGGGGACACCUCCCACCGCCGGGACAUGAACCCAUGGCCCCACGCAAACCCAACGUACAGAGGCAGAAAGUGUUUGAAGAUGUCCGACGUUUCCUGAAUGCUGAUGACAUCAUCGACCAGGUAGUGUUUGACCUGGAAGACAGCAGUCUCCAGUGUCCGUCUGAUGCCUUGAGGUUUUUCUCAAAGUUUGAGUGUGGGAACCUAAGGAAGGCUGUUCAGGUCCGAAGAUAUGAAUAUGACCUGAUAUUGAAUGCAGAUGCUAACUCUAACCAGCACACCCAGUGGUUCUACUUUGAAGUCAGUAACAUGGUGGCAGACGUCCCCUACCGUUUUAAUGUCAUCAACUGUGAGAAGAGCAACAGCCAGUUCAACUAUGGAAUGCAGCCGGUGCUGUACUCGGUAAGGGAAGCUCUGGAAGGUAGACCACACUGGCUCAGGACCGGGACUGAAAUUUGUUACUUCAGAAACCACUUUUGUCCAGCUCGAGGCAGAAAGAGAACGACAUUUUAUACUCUAACCUUCACCAUCACCUUCAAACACAAUGAGGACGUCUGCUACGUGGCCUACCAUUAUCCCCACACAUACUCUGCUCUGAAGGCUCAUCUGAAGGUGCUGCAGAAAUCAGUGGACCCUGCAAAGGUGUUUUUCCAGCAGCAGACUCUUUGUGGUACUUUGGCUGGAAACUGGUGUCCAGUAGUCACCAUCACAGCCUGUCCUGCCAGUAGGGGCUGGAGAGACAUGCACCAGCUCCGGAAUCGUCCCUGUAUUGUGCUAACAGGCCGUGUCCAUCCCGGUGAGUCCAAUGCCAGCUGGAUGAUGAAGGGCACCCUGGAGUUCCUGUGCAGCAGCGACCCAGUGGCCCAGAGUCUGAGGGAGGCAUUUGUUUUCAAGCUCAUCCCCAUGCUCAACCCAGACGGAGUCAUCAAUGGCACGAAUCGCUGUGAUCUCAACAGUGAGGAUCUGAACCGCCAGUGGAGUAAACCAGACCCGGUCCUCAGUCCCACCAUCUACCAUGCCAAGGGCUUCCUCUACUACCUCAACAGUAUUGGUCGGACUCCACUGGUGUUCUGCGACUACCACGGCCACUCGAGGAAGAAGAACGUCUUCCUGUACGGCUGCAGUGUGAAGGAGACUCUGUGGCAGUCUGGCUCUGUUGUUAACACUGCGGGACUGAAGGAGGACCCUGGAUACAGGACCAUUCCAAAGACGUUGGAUCGCCUCGCUCCUGCCUUUUCUUUCAACAGCUGCAACUAUUUGGUGGAGAAGUCUCGCUCUGCCACUGCCAGGGUGGUGGUCUGGAGGGAAAUGGGCGUGCUGAGAAGUUAUACCAUGGAGAGUACUCACAAUGGCUGCGACCAGGGAAUAUACAAGGGCUUGCAGACAGGAACCAGGGAGCUGCAGGAGAUGGGUGUAAAGUUCUGCCACAGUCUGCUGUCUCUAACCAAAGACAUGAAGGCUCUCUACAGCAGAAGAAUCAACCACAUCGACGUGGACCACAACGUCCUUGACCACAAGUCUCACAACUGUUUUGAAGACGAUGAGCCUCCAUGUGUUGAGGAGAUUGAGUAUUCCACAGACUGUCCCGCACUCAAAGGCACUGAUCUGGAUUCAGAUGUCAACAGCAAUAUGGCCAGUAGCGACGAAGAGGACGAGGGUAAUGAAGGACACAGGAGAGCAAGACAUGGACGAGGCAGCGUUGGCCAGUUGCAGCACUUGAGCAUGAAGAGCCGUCUCUUCCCUCACCCGAUGAGACAGGCCUCCAGCGAGGCCCUCGGUGAGAAGAGAAAUGGUGUGGGCAUGAAUGGACAAAUCAUAAGUUAAAGGGAUAUUUCUACAUUUUUCUACAGUUCUUCUCUAAAAGGUCUUCUAUCAUUGUAAGCUUUCCUCCUUGGAGCUCAACAGGUGCAUUCGAAAGAAAAGAAUGACACACAAACUAAACUAUGAAUGGAUAACACAUAAGUAUUAAAGUGUGACCUUAAAUACAGGCUUUAGAGAAGGAAAACAAUACUCUACACUAAAGUCUGGCUUAAUAGAACAAUUUUGGUUCACUCACUGGCUUUUUGUGGAGCAUUCGUCUCCAGCUGAUCAGUCCGUGGAGUUGCUAAGUUGUCAUGGAGAUGGAUAUGGAUACUUGUGCCUGCGCCACCGCUUGUUAGACAUGAGAGGAACGACAAAGCGCUACAACAGCACCAGAGCAGCUAUCAUUACACACAACUGUAACUGUUUAUAGACAGAGUCCUACCACUAUUUCAUCACAUGCACCUGUAAACCAUCAUCACACUGAUAUGUCAUUGUUAAACAUCAGAAAGAUGAUUAGUGAUUCAUUUAUUAAGCUCAUAUUGAAACAGACUACAAAGGGCUUCACAUUGCUUUCUCUUGUGAUCUCUGACUGCUUCAUCUUUACUUGAUUGGUACCAACAUGGAUUGCGAUGUUGCUAAAGCUAGUGGUGGCAUGUGACUGGGUUCCCUGAUUCUCCCUACUUGAUGUCAGCCGAUUAGCCUCGGGAACUCUGGCCUUGAGUAGAUAGUACACAGGGGCUGCGGAUGCUAGCCUUAAUCAUGAGUCCCCUAUUACUAGUAGCAAACCAUUUUCUUUAUUUUAUGAGCCCCCUAGAUGGCGCUUUUGGUUUGAAGAAAAAUACUCAAUUAUGUGUGCUUUGUUGAGCAGAGAGCGCCAUCUAGUGGGAUUAGAAAAUAAAGACAAUGGUUCAUGAAGAUUCAUGAAGCUUAAUUUGGCCAGCACUACCUAUUACUAGCUUAUAUUGUAUACUUAGCACAAUGUUGAUGAUGUUGUAUAAAAUUACAAUUGAAUUAAUUGAGUAAAAAUGACAAUUUAAUUAAUUAAUUAAUUAAUUAAUUAUAUUAAU